AUGAAUUCAGACACAAAUGCGUUCAAGGACAUAAGGAUUUCAUGCGUUGAACUUUCUAAAUCUGCUUUUUUACCUAUUGAGUCGUUUGACCCAAAUUCGUUGACGCUAUUAGCAUGUUUGAAAAAAGUUGAAAGGAAGUUGUCAACACACAAAGACGACUCACUGUCCCCAAAAUUUGCUGAUUAUGUUUUUGUCCCUAUCGCAAGUCUAUUAAGACAGCCAGCCCUCGGUGAAUCUCAGACAGAAUACGUUCUACUGAUUAUAUCUCAUCUAUUGCGGAUAUGUUGGUCAUCUAAUGGUAAAUUUCCUGAGCAACUGGGCCAAGAACUCUUCCCCUUGAUUACAUUUUUGAUUAGCUCGGAUAAGGAAAAUCAAAGUUUAAACUCCAGGUCAGACGAGUUUACAUAUGCUGGCUGUGUAGCUUUGUAUCAGUUCUUCAGUUCAAUAAGAUCUCAACAAUACAAUAAUACGUUUUUUUCCAAUUCAAGACCCAAAUCACUUCCCGCUUUAGGACAUUCUGUUACCAUUCUGUUAAAAAUCUUGGAGCAGUCUUCUCAUAAUAAUGAGCUCCAAUUGAAAGUUUUGGCAUCUUUGGAAAUAUUAUUUCAGGACAUAAUAUCAGAUGGUGAAAUGCUUUCAUUUAUACUUCCGGGGAAUGUCUCUGUUUUCUCCAAGAUACUUACUAAACCAGGCCGUAAAAUACAUUACAAAGUAUGCGUUCGCACAUUAGAAGUUCUGGUGAAAUUGUUGGUCUUGGUUUAUGAUGAUUUUAGUCUACGUGUUCAAGUUAAUAGGCUAACAGAUAUUCGAGCAUUGGGUGAGGCAGAGUUAGACCCUGAGCGAGAUCAACCAUUCUCCUUUAAUGAACCUAUUGUUCUACCACUCAAAGAUAGCAAGACCCAUAGAGACACAAGUUGGUUGAGAGCGACUUCUGGCCAAAUUAAUAACGCUUUAAAGGCCUUCAUACCAAAAUUAUUGAUACGCAACAACAAAAGAAUUGAUGAGGCAUUGACAACGUUUGUAUCGAUCUUGUUAACUAGAUGUGAAAAGUCCUUACGCAACUGUGAAAAGGUGUUGGUUUCCACCUUAGUAAGUUUACAGCGUGAUCCGAUGUCUAAAUUACCUUCACAUUUGGAAAAACUAAAUGAAGUUCUAAAUGAAAAUUUGCACAAACUGAGUGAUAUAAUUCGGUUUGAGAAUGCUGAGAGGUUAUCGGCCUUGGCGUUUGCGACUGAUGUUAUAGAGAGAAAUAAUAAAAAAGGUAUGGUUGUCAAUGGAAUUGUUAAAUGUUUAUUUUACUCGGUUAAUGAAUGUAUUGAACCUCCGAAUUUAAUCAACCAUAAAGAGAAAUUGAUUGAACAAAGUGGUCCAAUAACGGCUAUGGUAAAUUUCGAAGAAUUAGAAAAUAAGAAUGCAGCAAUUGUUUUACCAAGAUUGUCAAAAAAUAUGUCACUAAGCCUGAGAGAAUUUACAUGCCAUAUGGGGUCUUUAUUAUUAGAAAAAAAUGUUCUCAACGAUGUGGUGAUAGAAUUGAUUUCGGAACAAGUUGAUUCACCAAGAACAAAGAAGGCAGUGGCACUAUGGUUAAGCUCCAAUUUUUUAAAAGCGGUGGGGACCCUCCCGAAGGAGGAAGAUGAUUUCUUGAAAUUUGAGUCAAUAGUAGACGAUUCUAGUCGUAUGGUUGAAGAAGCGUGUUUAACAGUGCUCGAAUUUUGCAACGAACUUUCUCAAGAUAUUAGCAUGGACAUUGAAGGUAAAGGUAUCAAAAAAGGUGAUGAAUUUGCUGUUUGUACGAUUUUAUCCUCUGUUAAAACGAUUUGUUCAGUCAUGAAAGAUGAUUUCCAGUCAGAACUGAUUGACUAUAUAUAUAUUGUGAUUGAUGCCUUGGCCUCCCCUUCUGAAACCAUUAGGUAUGUGGGCCAGUCCUGCGCUUUAACGAUAGCAGAUACCCUAUAUCACGGCUCUGUCCCCAAUAUGAUAUUAAACAACGUAGAUUAUCUAGUGGAGUCCAUUUCCUCGAGAUUGAAUUCAGGAAUGACUGAACGAGUGAGCCAUAUACUAAUCGUGAUUUGCAAAUUGGCUGGCUAUGAAACCAUUGAGAACUUUAAGGAUGUUAUUGAAACCAUAUUUAAGCUUUUGGAUUAUUAUCAUGGAUAUAGUGACUUAUGUCUUCAAUUUUUCCAACUAUUUGAAAUCAUCAUUGUGGAGAUGAAGAAAAAUUACAUCAAUGAUGAUGAAAUGAUUUUGGCAAUAUCAAACCAACACAUUUCACAAAGUACCUUUUCCCCGUGGGGUAUGACUAAUUUUCAGCAGGUACUAAAUAUACUAGAUAGAGAAGCACAGAUUAAAGAUGACAUAAUGGAUCAUAACGAUAUGGAGUCUGCGAAAAAUGGCAACGAGCCCAGUAAUUUUCAAGAAUAUUUUGACUCCAAAUUGAGAGAGCCGGAUAGCGAUGACGAAGAAGAAGAGGUUGAAGGAGGAAAUCCUAACGACGAUGUUGACCAAUGGACCUCACCUAUACCACGGGAUUCAUAUAAAAUACUAUUGCAAAUUCUGGGUUAUGGAGAAAGAUUACUAACCCAUCCCUCAAAAAGGCUAAGAGUCCAAAUUCUUUUCGUCAUGAGACUUAUUUUCCCUUUAUUAUCAACACAACAUAAUCUGUUGAUUAGGGAGGUUGCUGGUACAUGGGAUUCAAUCGUACAGUGCAUCGUAUGUGCCGACUAUUCCAUUGUUCAACCAGCGUGUAUUUGCCUAGAGCAGAUGAUUAAAUAUUCUGGUGAUUUUGUCUCUAAGAGAUUUAUUGAACUUUGGCAAAAAUUGUGUCAGAAUUCUUUUAUUCUGAAAGAACUCAGAAUCGACCCAACGGUGACAAAUCAUGAAGAAAGGUCUAUAGGUAAGCGUGUAAAAUUCCCUCCAAUAACUGAAAACGCACUAAUUUCGUUGGUACAUAUGGUUCUGCAGGGCGUCAAAAUUACAGAGUACUUAAUCUCUGAGGCGACACUGGAACAAAUAAUAUACUGUUGCAUUCAGGUCGUGCCAGUGGAAAAAAUUUCAGUUAUAUCGUUGACAAUUGGUGAUAUUGUGUGGAAAAUAAGAAAUGUAACUUGA